AUGCCAAGACCCCCAGGAACCGCCCCAGACUCCCAGUCGCACCUGGCACGCUCCGAGAUCGUUGGACAUGUUCGGGCUUUAUCGAAUAAUAUUCGGCUGCUGGUCAUGGCGUUGAUACUACCAUUGUGGCCCUCUAAGAGGAUAAAGUGUAUUUGUCAUGUGCAGCAGAUCCUACAAAAAAGGCUUUCCUCGUCUAAACGGUGGCAGGCGCGCCAGCUCAAUGAUCAUUUUACUCGUGAAGCAGCAGUGCAAGGCCUCAAAAGCCGGGCUGCAUUCAAGCUUCUGCAGAUAGAUGAGAAAUAUCGCCUCUUUAGAAAGGGCCAAACCGUGGUCGAUCUCGGAUAUGCUCCAGGAUCCUGGUCUCAAGUAGCCAUGACGCGAACCCAGCCCAAUGGCAGAGUCCUCGGUGUCGAUAUAAUUCCAAGCCAGCCGCCAAAAGGUGUGUCCACUAUACAAGGGAACUUCCUGGACCCUGAAGUGCAAGCUUAUGUCCGGGAUUUCGUGCGUGAUCCUCGGAGGGGUCGACUUCGGUAUAUCGACAACCGAGAAGGGAUUGUGGAGUCUAUAGUGGACGCAAACUCUUCCGGUGAUCUACAUCUCACUGAUGAUAUCAGUAAUGAAAGAACGGUGGAUGUAGUUCUUAGUGAUAUGUCUGCUCCCUGGACUCAAACCGCUGGAUUUUGGAAGAGAAGUCUAAGUAAUCCCUACAACAGGAUGAUGAACACCAGCGGAAUGGCUUUCAGAGACCACGCUGGCAGUAUGGACCUAUGCCGUGCCGCUUUAGAGUUCAGCUACGAGGUUCUCAAGAACGGUGGUCAUUUCGUCUGCAAAUUCUACCAGGGAGCUGAGGACAAGGAUUUGGAGAAGCAACUAAAAUUAUUGUUUCACAAAGUACACAGAAUCAAGCCAGAGUCGUCGCGCAGCGAAUCAAAGGAAGCCUUCUUCAUUGGCCUCGACCGUAAACCGCGGGCAACAAAGGAAGAAGUCUUUGCGUCCCCUUAG